AAGCUCUCCUCCUCCCUGAAAAUCAGAGAGAGAGAGAGAGAGAGAGAGAGAUGAAAUCCUUCAGCAGCUCUGAAAUCCUGAGUGCUCCUAUAUUCGUGAGAAUCUCGGUCUUCGCUCUCAUUUCCUUCGCUUUCUUCUACCUCGGCAAGCACUGGUCGGAAUCCGACGGCUACCAGCCCUUCGUCUUCUUCAACAACCGCCAAUUCCUACCGUCCAUCUCCUUCUCCCCCAACGUCAACAUAACCCGCUCCGACAUCUCCUCCCUCAUUCCCAACCAGACUGAAACCAUCUUCCUCCCGAACACAGCCUUACCUCCCGAAAAACCACCGUCCGAUCCACCCCCAGUGGCCCCUCCCCCACCGCCGGAUCGGUACGGAAUCGUAGAUGAGAAUGGAACAAUGCGGGACGACUUUGAUAUCGGGGAAUUCGAUCCGGAUAUGAUUGAGAACUUGGAGGACGUGAAUCGGACGGCGGAGAUGAAAGAAGAGGGUGGGAAUUCUAGAAUAAGGGUUAGGGUUAGAAAAUUCCAGCUCUGUCCAGAUAGUAUGAGAGAGUAUAUACCUUGUUUGGAUAAUGUGGAAGAGAUUCGGAAGCUGAGAUCGACGGAAAAAGGGGAGAAGUUCGAGAGGCAUUGCCCUGGGGAGGGGAAGGGUUUGGAUUGUUUGGUCCCAGCACCGAAGGGUUACAAGACUCCGAUCCCCUGGCCCAAGAGCCGGGAGCAGGUAUGGUACAGUAACGUACCGCAUCCACGUUUGGUUGAAGAUAAAGGGGGUCAGAAUUGGAUUUCAAUAGACAAGGAUAAAUUCAAAUUUCCAGGAGGUGGAACCCAGUUUAUUCAUGGGGCAGAUCAGUACUUGGAUCAGAUUUCCCAGAUGGUACCAGAAAUUGCAUUUGGUCAUCACACAAGGGUUGUCUUGGAUGUUGGAUGUGGGGUAGCGAGUUUUGGUGCUUUUCUGCUCUCUCGAGAUGUGAUACCUUUGUCUGUGGCCCCAAAAGAUGUUCAUGAGAACCAGAUUCAAUUUGCUCUUGAGCGUGGUGUGCCCGCCAUGGUGUCUGCUUUUGCAACACGUCGUUUGUUGUAUCCAAGCCAAGCUUUUGACUUGAUACAUUGUUCACGGUGUCGUAUUAAUUGGACCCGUGAUGAUGGAAUUUUGCUUCUUGAGGUCAACAGGAUGCUUAGAGCAGGAGGAUACUUUGCUUGGGCAGCUCAGCCAGUUUAUAAACAUGAAGAGAGCCAACAAGAAGCAUGGAAAGAGAUGGAGGACCUUACUGCUCGUAUUUGCUGGGAGCUAGUGAAAAAGGAGGGAUAUCUUGCUAUAUGGCAGAAACCUUUAAACAAUAGCUGCUAUGUCAAUCGUGACACUGGAGUUCAACCACCAUUAUGUGAAACAGACGAUGACCCAGACAAUGUUUGGUACAUUGAUCUAAAAGCAUGCAUUACUCCACUUCCUGAGAAUGGAUAUGGAGCAAAUGUUACAAAAUGGCCUGCACGCCUGCAUUAUCCACCAGAUAGGCUCCAGAGUGUGGAGAUGGAUGCCUACACAUCUAAAAAGGAGAUCUUCAAGGCAGAAUCGAAAUACUGGAAUGACAUAAUAGCAAGCUAUGUUCGUGCUUAUCAUUGGAAAAAAUACAAACUGCGAAAUAUUAUGGACAUGAGAGCUGGCUUUGGAGGGUUUGCAGCUGCAUUAAUUGAUCAACAGAUCAAUGCCUGGGUGAUGAAUGUUGUCCCAAUCAGUGGGCCCAACACCUUGCCUGCCAUAUAUGACCGUGGACUUAUAGGAGUUGUGCAUGAUUGGUGCGAGCCGUUUGACACAUACCCAAGAACUUACGAUCUCUUGCAUGCAUCUGGCCUCUUCUCCAUCGAGCAAAAACGAUGCAACAUCUCCAGCAUCAUGCUUGAGAUGGAUCGGAUGCUGAGACCCGGAGGGCGUGCCUACAUUCUUGACACUAUAUCCAUCAUUGAAGAAGUUCAGGAAAUUGCAGUCGCCAUGGGAUGGAGGGCGGCGUUGCACGACACAUCCGAAGGCCCUUAUGCAAGCCGAAGGGUGUUAAUGUGUGACAAACAUAUACGCCGCUGAGUCAUUUAACCUUGGAAGCAAUGUUAGCUAACAUCUGCACUCAGUCAUUUGGAUAGAUCCACCCUUUCUUCGACUUCUGAUAACACAGUACAGCAGCAAACUCCUGCCAGAAGCAGGAAAAAGGGUGUCUGUCGAAAACAGGACAGCUUAUAUAUCAAUCAUGGGAAUAAAUUUUUAAUCCUCUUUUUUCUUUUCUUUUUUCUUUGCUUCUUCUUUCUUUCUUUUUGUAAAAGAAAAUCAAGCUUUGUGAAAACCCCAAGGGGGGGCACUGCUAAUCAAAGGGGUAAUAUCGAUUUAACUGUUUAGAUGA